AUGAGCUCCCCAGCGGUUGCAGUUGCAGUUGCAUUCCCCGCAGCUUGUGCACUAUCACCAUGGAAGAAAGAAGAAUACGAUGCGGGUCUAUUUCUGGCUGCGACGGCUUGCCACAGGCUUGAUUCGCCAUUCCCCCGCCUUAGCCAUCUGACAAGCCUGUUGGUGGUGUGUGGCGAGCGUGUGGCAGUCCAGUCAGCAACCAGCACUGUGUACCAGGCGUACAAGCUGCUCGCAGCGUCGACAGACGGACGGACAGAUGGCCGACGUGCUUGUGCAACGUCAUUGCAGCACUCAACCGGUUCGCAUGCACAUGUACUGUACUCUAGGGCUCAACAAGACUGGACGGGGGCGGUAUCUUCGCGCGAAGAACAAGCAAGCUGGUUUGGUGCACACGCAUGUUUCGAUGCCAACAGCCUAGAAGUCUGGGCAUCGUGGCAUCGCCGCUGCCAGCCACCCAUGUGCCCAGUUGGGUCCGGCAAUCGGCGACGGAAUUUCUUGGACUCCGCUAGCCAAGCCUCUUAUCGUUUGUCAUCGAGCACACGGAGCAAUCACGCCUGGUCCGCCUCGUUGCGAGAUGCCACUUGCAACAUGCACCGCCAAAUCAGUGGCUUCGUGUGCCUUGCCGACGCAUCACCUGACUGCUCCUCUCGCUGUAAUCACCCCCGCUAA